AUGGUCGCAAUCUCGGCUCUGUUGGCGGCUGCUGCCGCGCCGCUUUUGGCAUCUGCGGCUCCAUCGCAAUGUUACAACUGGAAGAACGUCAAGGUUGGAGGAGGUGGUGGGUUCAUUCCCGGUAUUGUUUUCAACCCAACGGAGAAAGGUCUCGCAUACGCCAGAACCGAUAUUGGUGGUGCCUACAGACUCAAUGCCGACGAUACGUGGACACCCUUGAACGAUAACGUUGGAUCCCCUGACUGGAACCGCUGGGGUGUUGAUGCUAUCGCCACCGAUCCGGUUGAUACCAAUCGUGUCUACCUCGCUGUUGGUAUGUACACAAUCUCGUGGGAUCCCAAUAAUGGUGCCAUCAUGAGAUCCACGGAUAAGGGUAACACCUGGUCCGAGACUGUUCUUCCAUUCAAGGUUGGAGGUAACAUGCCUGGGAGAGGUAUUGGAGAGCGUCUUACCAUUGAUCCUCAUUCUAAUAACAUCCUUUACUUCGGCGCCCGUUCCGGAAACGGAUUGUGGAAGUCCACCGACUAUGGUGUCACAUGGGCCAAGGUCUCUUCCUUCACCAAUGUCGGAACCUUCAAGCCAAAUGCUACCGACCCCAACGAGUACAUGCAAGACCCCAUUGGUCUCGCAUGGAUUACUUUCGAUGAGAACAGCGGCGGUAGCAAGACUGUUGCUACUCCUCGUAUCUUCGUCGGUGUCGCCGAUCUCGGAAACUCCAUCUUCGUUAGCAACAAUGCUGGAUCUACCUGGGCUGCUCUUGCUGGUCAGCCUACCGGUUAUAUCCCCCACAAGGGUGUUUUUUCCGCUGCCGAGAAUGUUCUUUACAUCACUUACUCCAACGGUGGUGGUCCAUACGACGGAACUUUGGGAUCUGUCUGGAAGUACAACUUAACCAGCAGCGCUUGGACUAACAUCACCCCACCUUCUCCAAGUGAUAGCACUUACUACGGUUUCGGUGGUUUCGCCAUUGACAAGCAGAAGCCAGGUACUAUCAUGGUUGCUGCUUUGAACUCGUGGUGGCCUGAUGGUAUCAUCUGGAGAAGCACCAACAGCGGUGCUACCUGGACUAGCAUCUGGGAGUGGGCUGGAUACCCAACUAGGAACAAGUACUACAAGAUCGAUGCUUCUGCUGCUCCAUGGGUCUACGACCCUACUGCCACCGACCCCAAGGAUGUCGGCUGGAUGAUGGAAGCCCUUGUCAUUGAUCCAUUUGAUUCCAACCAUUGGCUCUACGGUACUGGUGCCACCAUUCUUGGUAGCCGAGACCUUCUCAAGUGGGAUUCUAGCCCAAGAAACGUCACCCUCAAGAUCAUGGCCGACGGUAUUGAAGAAACUGCCAUUCAGGAUCUUCUCUCCCCACCGCAAGGUCCUGGUAUCCUCCUUUCUGGCAUGUACGAUGCUGGUGGUUUCCUCCACAGGAAUCUCGAUGUUCCCCAAACUCAUACUGACCAGUUCCACAUUUACUACACUGGUACCACUGACAUCGACUAUGCUGGUAACAAGCCAUUGAACCUGGUCCGUGUCGGAACUCAGCUUCAGGAACUGUCUUCUUCCAAUGAUGGAGGUGUCAGCUGGAAUAAGAUAUAUGCUGCCAACAACGCCCAGCACGGUACUGUCGCUUUGUCCGCUGAUGGUGAUAUCAUUAUCUGGAGCCCUAACAACGGUCAGCCAAUCCGUUCGCAAUACACCAAUGCUUUCACCACCAUCUCUGCUCUCCCAGCAAAUGCUGCCAUUGCUGCUGACAGGCGCAACAAUAAUCUCUUCUAUGGUGCCUCCACCAACCAGUUCUAUGUCUCCACCAACGGAGCCCUCGCUUGGUCUGCUACCGCCACUCUCACCGGUGCUACCAAAGCCUACAAGAUUGUGCCAAACCCAACUGCCUCUGGGGACGUCUGGGUUUCCACCGACAACGGUCUUUUCAGAUCUACCGACUCUGGAUCUUCCUUUACCAAGAUUGGUGGUGUCACUGUUGGCGGUCACUUCGAUCUUGGAGCACCGAAGACUACUGGUGCUUACUGGUCCAUCGCUGGUUUCUUCACCGUCGAUGGAGUUGCCGGUAUCUACCGCUCUGAUGACGCCGGUGUCAACUGGGUCCGAAUCAACGACAACUACGGAUUCGGUGCCGCUGAUGCCAACAAGAUUGCUGUCGACUACAAGGUCUACGGUCGUAUCUUCGUCGGUACUAACGGACGUGGUAUCUUCUACGGAAACCCAAGCUGCUCAAGCCCUCCACCGACUAGCAGCACUACUUCCGCUCGCACUUCAUCUUCUACUACUGCGGUUACGACUACUCGCACUACCACUCCUGUCACCACCUCCUCGACUACUGCUGUCCGAACUUCUACUACCACUAGCAGCACCACCGCUGUCCGAACUUCGACCACCACUCCUGUUGUGACUACCACCAGGACCACAACUGCGAGCACCACCGUAGCUACAACCACCCGCACGACCACCACCUCGGCCGGCGGUGCCCUUCAAAACCAAUGGGGACAAUGUGGUGGUAUCGGCUGGACUGGCCCAACCGCCUGUGUCUCGCCAUAUACUUGCCAAGUCGGCAACCCGUACUACUCUCAGUGCUUGUAA